AUGGGAGAAAACGUGGAGAAAUCCUGGUUAUUACAGAAACGAGAAACAGAGCUACUGAAAGAAGAGUUGAUCUUAGCUAAUGCGAAAAUUGCAAGGAUGCAGAUUGAUAUUGCAGGGUUGCAUAGGGAAAUGAACCCGUUCCGGAAAGUUUUCAGGCAACUUCAACAGCAGGUGAUGUUGCUUGCAAAAAGGUGCUCAGAUCUGGAGACGAAUGAAUUAAAAGCCGACAGAACACUUCGUGAAAAAGAGCGAAGGAUCAAGCAGCUUGAGACACAAAUUGCCACUGAAGCAAGAAUUGGUAGAGAUAUCAAAUUCCCAGGGUUGGCGCCAAGUCCGUUUUUGAGGCUGGCUGGACGUGUGUCUGUUCGAGACAUACAGCUGAAGACGCGAGACUGGUUAAAGAUAAGGGAAAAUUGGUUCAUCAGAUGGCAAGCACGGAUCAGAGAUAUUGUCAAUUGGUGGGGCAGUAGAGAUCAUAUCCCUGAUACACGUGAUCGGCUCUACCAAAAGAUACGAGAAUGGAUCAGAACACUUCGACAUGGAGUGGAAUUGUACAUCGAAUUUCACGGCCAAUUGAUUCGGCACUAUAAAUUUGUCAAGAGAUUACCAAGGUCGACAAGGAAAGCCUUAAAAUGGUCCAGCUUGAGAGAGCUGGAUGUUAGAAUUGGCGAAGUAAGGUUGAAUAAAAAGGUUCUAGAGCAAGGCGGCGAUGAAGAGGUGUCAAACCUUCAAUCUUGGCUCUAUAACCAGACGUGGGGACGAGUUGGUGUGGAAGGUACAAUGAGGAAAUACCUUGUCACUGCUGCUGAUGGACGAGUGGAUUGGUUGAAGAAAAUGCUGAAUUUGGAAGCAGCUAAGAACCAACUAGCAAAAAUUUUGAUAGAGAUUUAA